GGCGGUGAAUGACGCACCCUCCCUCCGGGGCUGCGACCCGGAGUCCACGGGCUGCAGAUGGGAUCCUGGGACACCGAAGAUGCGGGCAGGCCGGGGCGGGUCGCCCGUGCCGGCGAGGGAGCUCUUCCGGGACACCACCUUCCCCGCCUCGGAUUCCUCGCUUUUCUUCAACUUGUCCACACCGCUGGCCCAGUUCCGGGAGGACAUCACGUGGAGGCGGCCCCAGGAAAUUUGUGCCUCGCCCCGGCUGUUUCCAGAUAACCCAUGGGAAGGACAGGUGAAGCAAGGGCUGCUGGGGGAUUGCUGGUUCUUGUGUGCGUGUGCUGCGCUGCAGAAGAGCAGGAACCUCCUGGACCAGGUCAUUCCUCCGGGACAGCCGAGCUGGUCCGACCAGGAGUACCGGGGCUCCUUCACCUGUCGCAUUUGGCAAUUUGGACACUGGGUGGAGGUGACCACAGAUGACCGCCUGCCAUGCCUUGCAGGGAGACUGUGCUUUUCCCGCUGCCAGAGGGAGGAUGUGUUCUGGCUUCCUUUACUGGAGAAGGUCUACGCCAAGGUCUACGGGUCCUAUGAACACCUGUGGGCAGGUCAGGUGGCAGAUGCCCUGGUGGACCUAACCGGUGGCUUGGCAGAAAGGUGGAAUCUGAAGGACUUGGCAGCAGCCAGUGACCAGCAGAGCCCACCUGGCAGCUUGGAGCGCAGGACUUGUCGGCAGCUACUCCACCUGAAGGACCGGUGUUCGAUCAGCUGCUCGGUGCUCAGCCCCAGAGCAGGUGCCAGGGAGCUGGGGGAGUUUCAUGCCUUCAUUGUCUCGGAUCUCCGGGAGCUCCAGAGUCCUACCGGCCAGGGCAUCCUGCUGCUGCGGAUUCAUAACCCCUGGGGUCGGCGGUGCUGGCAGGGGCUCUGGAGAGAGGGGGGUGAGGGGUGGAGCCAGGUAGAUGCAGCAGAAGCAGCUGAACUCCUGUCCCAGCUCCAGGAAGGGGAGUUCUGGGUGGAGGAGGAAGAGUUCCUCAGGGAGUUUGAUGAGGUCACCAUUGGCUACCCAGUCACAGAGGCCGGCCACCUGCAGAGUCUCUACACAGAAAAGGUGCUCUGCCACACCCGGGCACUGCCUGGGGCGUGGGUCAAGGGGCAAUCGGCAGGAGGCUGCCGGAACAACAGCGGCUUUCCCAGCAACCCCAAAUUCUGGCUGCGGGUCUCAGAACCAAGCGAGGUGUACGUUGCCGUCCUGCAGAGACCCAGGAUGCACAUGGCGGACUGGGCAGGCCGGACCCAGGCACUGGUAGGCGACAACCAGACCUCAUGGAGCCCAGCAAGCUUCCAGGGCAAGGACUACCAGGCUGUGGGCCUGCACAUCUGGAAGGUGGAGAAGCGGCGGGUCAGCCUGCCUAGAGUCCUGUCCACGCCCCCCGUGGCUGGCACCGUGUGCCACGCGUACGACCGAGAGGUCCAUCUACACUGUGAGCUCUCGCCGGGCUACUACCUGGCUGUCCCUAGCACCUUCCUGAAGGACGUGUCUGGGCAGUUCCUGCUCCGAGUCUUCUCUACCGGGAGAGUCUCCCUGAGUGCCGUCAGGGCAGUGGCCAAGAGCGUCGCCCCUGGGGCAGCCGUGCCCACUGGGGAGUGGGGGAUCGUGCAGCUGCGGGGCUCCUGGAGAGCUGGCCAGACCGCUGGGGGCAGCAGGAACUUUGCCUCCUACCCCACCAACCCCUGCCUCCCCUUCUCGGUCCCCGAGGGUCCUGGUCCCCGCUGCGUGCGCCUCACCCUGCAUCAGCACUGCCGGCUCAGCAACAGCGAAUUUCACCCCAUUGGCUUCCACGUCUUCCAGGUCCUGGAGGGUGGUGAGAGCCAGGGUACACCCCCACUGCUGAAGCAGGAACCACUGCUGAGCUGUGUGCCACAUUGCUACGCCCAGGAAGUAAGCCGGCUCUGCCUUCUGCCUGCGGGGACCUACAGGAUUGUGCCCUCCACCUACCUGCCAGACACAGAGGGGGCCUUCACAGUGACCAUAGCAACCAGAAUAGACAGGCCAUCCAUUCACAGCCAAGAGAUGCUGGGUCAGUCCCUCCAGGAGGUCUCCAUCAUGGCAGUGAUGAAAUCCUAACCAGUGGCCCCCUGUGCCAGCUCAGGUGAUGGGGCCUGAGGGCCCGAGGAGCUGCCAGGGUCCCAGCCGCUGGCCCGUUCACACUGGUGCCACCAGCCUCAACAUUGUAAUGGCUGGUUCUGAACUUCGGCCGCCUCCCCACUCUGCAAGUUGGCUGCUGCCUGACUGUCCAUUUGAAGUCUCCAUCCUAGGGAGACAGCUCUGGGAGUGAGCAGGUGCUGCAGGAAGACAGGAAAUUCAGUGGCAUCUGUUACACCUCUGAGACAGAAGAGGAUCCCAGAGCAUCCCAGAAUUCCUCCCAAAUCCUCUUUUUUUUUUUGACUCGGAGU